UUUAGCCUCGACGUGGUUUUCAUUCAGCUAAUGUUAGCCUUCAUGCUAACGUUGUUUGUUGACAGUCUGUCCGGCUGCACUAAAGGCGUAACAACGUACCUAGCGUUAGCUUUAGACUAGCCUUUUAUCUGUAAUUUAGCUUUAAGUUGCUGACGUUAAUGUGAAUAUAUGCAUUAAUGUAAAACAGACCUGUUAAAAACUUUGAAACUAAUGUUAACAUUGAAAUGUAAAGUUGAAAGUGAAAACUACGCAGCGUGUCAGACGAAUGACAAGCGAAAAUAUAAAUAAAUAAAUAAAUCCUUCAUGAUUGAACUAAUCUUUUGAUAUUGAUCAGCAGUAUUAAACGUUGGAAGUUAAAAUAACAACAAAUGUUCACCAAAUAAGCCUUAUGGAUAUUUUUACAGAUUCAUAAUAAAAUUUUAAUAGUGUAGGACCAAAUUAACUCAAUGUUUGUGUUUGAACACAGAUAUUUUAUUGUUAUGGUGCAUAUUUAAAUAAUAAAUCACUGCAGCAAGCAGAAAUAAAUCUUAAUAACAAAUGUAUAAUAUUAUGAGCAAGCAUACUAAAGGAAAAAUAGUUUCAAAGCAUGGGCAAAAUACAAAAGAUUACUUUGGUUUUAGUGCAAUUCUCCCAUCAUCUGUGCUUAAAUUAUGAAUGUAAGUCACAAUAACUUAAUUCUUAUGGCGCUAUUUUAAAAUGAGGGUUUACAAAGUGCUUCGACAUACAGAAAAACAAAGCAGAAGAACCCAAACAGGAGAUAAAGACAGCAAAACAACAUAGCCGAAGACACCCAAACAACAUCAAGGAACACUCAAAGUAGGGGAAACAGAACAAACAAAACCAAACCUAUAUAUGAAACCCAAACAACAUCAUUACCCAGACUUCUUGAGGUGUCAUUAGUACUAAAACAUCCAAGACAUCACAUGAACUAUAAUAUAAUAGCUAAAAAAAUCCCAAGUCGUCAUAGUGUGAGAUUGAUAUUGGAUAUGAAUCAUUUAAAUGACUGGAACUUGCAUUGAUUGAUUGUGCAUUGUGAAUUUGACAUCCUUACAGCACACUGCAAAUCAAAUUUAGAAGUAAUACCGAUGGAAUAUAGAAAGAAAGCUUUUAACACAUAUAUUUAAGUUAGUUUAGUUGUUAGAAAACAAUGAUAAAAGUGAAACCUUGAUCAAAUGAAGACUUACAAGCCAUUUCAUAAGAUAAACGAUAAUAUGAGUUGGACAAAUCAAGCCAAAGACUAUCGGGGAGUUAUUCCUCAUCCUCAGUGAGAUGGGUUUCACAGAGGAACAGAUCCAGUCAGCUGUUCAGGCGGGGAAUUUUUCUGUGGCAGAUGCAGCUGAAUGGCUCGUACAAGGCCAGUUUCCGCGACACACAUUGGUCAAGCAGUCGUCACAGCCAGCUGACACUGCAUUUUCAGCUUUCAACCCACCCAAAGAGGCAGCUGGCACUUCAGAGAUGCAUACAUCCUCUGACAGCAAAGCAUCCCCUUCCUUGGUGCUGAGGCCAUCACAGUCAUGCAACCUGUCCCCAGAGCCUCUGCCAGUGGAGUCCCGCAUAAAACAGGACAAGAGUGACUUUGAGGAGCAACAGAGACAACGUGUUGCUCAGGAGGCAAGAGCAGAGAGAAGGCAAAAGAAACAGGAACGUGAGUUGGUUUUAAAACGAAUAGCUGAGGAUCGAAGGAGCCUGCAGCAAAAGCUUCAGACUAAUGCAGCCGCAGAGGCAUCUCCCCCCAGUGGGCAGGGGCAAAAGCUUGGAGGAAGAGUCCAGACUAAUGUGGAUAACAACUGCGUCUUAAUGAUUCGGCUACCAUCCGGAGAAUCCAUGCGUGAACGCUUCCCAGCUGAUGCUCCUUUACGUAGCGUCGUGGAGCACAUCACUGGACGUCACCCCUCCUUGCCAUCCUUUUCUCUCCUCCAGGGUUUCCCACGAAAACGCUUCGGAGAGGCAGAGCUCGCUUGUUCGUUACGCUCUCUUGGCCUCACACCCAACGCUGCACUUUGUAUUCAGACCACGCCUCCAGAGACACCUCAGGAUGCACAGAGUCCUGCAGAUCCUCCUUCAGCAGCACAGAAUGAAGCCACUCCAUGUGUUGUGCCCCCUCAGCCUCACAUUCCCGUCCUGGAGCGGGCAGGAAGGCAGGACCUUGUUCCCCCUCUUCCACUACCGAACCAGCUGUGGGAGGAGGCGGUGAAUUAUGCAGGGAUACCUGGAGUAGGUCCAUCUCUGUCAGGGCCAUCUCACUUUUGGGGGCGAGGUCAGAGGUUGGUUCCUGGCGAUGCAGAAGACAUGGCUAACGUAGAGGCCGAUGAAGAACAAGAAGGAGAAGAUGAACCACCUUACAUGCUUAACGGAAUGCCGAGGCUGCCUUUCUUUCCAGAGAACAGGUUUCGUGGAGAGUUUGAGCCAAGGCACCACUGGCCAGAGCAAGGCAAUCGACUCAGGGAGGCUAAUGAAGACAACCCAGCAGAGCCUGAAGAUGCAGGAGGUCGGGUGGCUCCUGUUGCUGCAGGUCAGGCUGCAGUAGAGCGUCUCCAGAGGGCUGCUCAGCAAGAAGACCCCCGUGCCUCCCAGGGACAACCAUCCCCCCCUAAAAAACCAUUCAGGACACCCAGCGUGCCGUCCUUAUGUGCCUUGGCCACCCGCGCCACUGUCCACCUCAUGACUGCUCCCAGCAUGCAGUACAGCAGCAGCCUGGCAGGCCUCACCCCGGAGCUCGCAGAGCUUCUGCUCAACCACAUGUCCCGUGAGAGACUCCUACGUCCACGCACCUUGGAGCUCUUCUUUGGUUGCCCGUUGCAGAAGUUUGUCCUUAACUGCUACCCAUACUCCACCAAUGAGCUCCUGCGGCAGUUACGAGCCUUCACAGCACUGAAGCACCUCAGCCUGGUCAACUCACCUCUCAUCACAGAUUCUGGGCUUUCAAUUCUGUCCAGCCUGGUCAAACUCCAGUACCUCAACCUUGCUUCCUGUAGCAAACUCACCGACUCCUGCCUGCAGCAAAUCACAGGUUUAAAGAGCCUGUGUUACCUGUCCUUGGACCAGACCAAAGUGACCGAUGCAGGGAUGGUACUUUAUCUCCAGUCAGCUCCGUCCAGCCUCUCUCAGCUCAGCCUGAACCAGACAGCUGUGACUGAGGCCACAUUGGUGGUCCUUCCCACCAGCGUGCCGCAACUACGGCUCCUCAGCAUCAAGCAGACUAAGGUGAAGGAUGUUUCAGCUUUGGCACAGCUGUCCAGUCUGCAGACUCUCAACCUGGAUGGGACAGGUGUGACAGAAAGUUCUCUGGAGCAUCUUGCCACCCACCCUGCCCUGUCUUCCCUCAGUUUGGCAGGAAUUUCUGUAGAGGAUGGCAAUCAAGCCCUGCAGAUCAUCUCAGGUCUACGGUUGACUCACCUGACCCUCCCUGGACGUCACUCUGUGACCGAUAAUGGGUUGUCUUUCCUGUCCAGACUGUGUCUGCUGUCAGAGCUAGACCUGACAGACUACACUCAGGUCACAGACCUGGGAGUCAGCCAGCUCUCCACCAUGAACAGACUGAAGAAGCUGUCACUCAGCAAUACUCAGGUGACAGAUGCGGGGCUUCCCUCCCUGCGCGGCCUUCAGGAGCUGCAGGAGCUCUGUUUGGACCGUACAGCAGUCACCAGCCGAGGAGUGGCUGAACUCAUCGUCUGUCUGCCUCACCUCCAGGUGUUGGGAUUGGCCAGCACUCAGGUGGGCGACACAGUUGUGAGGAGAGGUCUGAUCCGUUGCAAUCACCUGGUGAAGCUUAAUCUCAGCCGUACACGGAUCACAGAUCACGGUCUGAAGUUUCUGAAACACAUGCACCUGUCUCAGGUGAAUCUGGAUGGAACUGGUGUCAGCCUGAUUGGUAUCGCCAACCUCCUCUCUUUCACCAACAUCAGCAGCAUUCGGGCCAGCAACACUCACAUCAUUCCUCCUGACGACGUCUCAGACGAGGAGUGGGAAGCCCAGUGAGGAUGGAUACCCUUGCUUUGGUCCUUCCGUACUGAUCCUGAACGCACCCCGGACUGCUGCGGUCCCCUUUCAGCCCCCUGAAGCAUGCUGCUGCCAGGUUAUUCUGACAAACAGCAGAACUGAAACACUCCUCCUAAUUGCACUGUUUCAACUGCAGCUAGUGCCACUAAUCGUCAAUCACGCACGCUACCAAGUUGAAACCUUAAACGAGAGCCUUGUGUUAAAAGAUUCAGGGCAUUUAAAACGUUUACAUAUAUUUAUAACCAAUCUGUAUUUACCUGCAUAAACAACAGAACUCCAACUACAGCUUUAAAGCUUUACCUGCAGCCUUAGAGGUCAGAGUUACCUGCAAUUAUCCAUAUUAGUAAGAGCAUAUUAAAAGAUGGAGGUAUAACUUAAACACAGCAUGUAUAAUCAGACUUUAAAGCCUAACAGACUGCUAAGCUAAGAAAUUAAAAGAAACCCUUAAUAACAAAGUUUCAUUUUGAAUAAGAAUGAAAAAAUUAUUUAAAUAAGAAGACAGAUGUCUUCUUUGUUGCUUGUUUUCAAAUCUUACAUUAAGCCAGUAACAUUCAUGCAAUUUUGAAUUCUCUUGAGGGUUAAUUUUUGCUAAUGCCAAUCUCCUGAUGAUAAUCGCAGUUAUCUAAAAUAUUUGGCAAUAUAAAUUCUAGUUUUUGUACAAGGAGCAAACACUCCUACAGUUGAUGUCAGAUGCCAGAGAUAAUCAUCAUCUUUACAUUCAGUUCUAGAAGUUUCCUCCUCUUUUUGGCUGACAGAUUCAGUUUCUGUUUUGAUUGGCUUUAAAUACAUUUAAUACUCAUCCUACCACCAUGACCAAUAGUAUUUCCAUUUCUUAAUUUAGGUGAAACACAUAGCCGUAGUAAUUCUUUGAAAACACCUCACUGAAUGUCUAGGUAUGCAUUUUUUUUCGUGUUUUGAAGGUGUGACAUUGGAAGAACACCAACUUGUCAAAUUGAGAAAUGUUUCUCAGGGAGGUUCUAACUUUGACAUGAAAUAUCUAACCAGGAUUAGAUUGUGUAAGGUAUGUUUCCACCAAACAGUCCGGUUCUGUUUGAUCUGACGCAAUUCUACUCUCAAAAGUUGGGAAAUGCACCACAAUAACCAGUCUGUACUGUCCUGCUUUGUAUGACCUUUAUGGAGUAAAGAGUAGCUAUCUGCCCCAAAGGGUGGAGGCAGAAAUACUAGCUUACACGCCCACCCACCAAAUAAGGGUGCAGAUGGCUAUAGAAAUGCUACCAAGAUUAGGAUGUAUUUAACCUAACUGAUCAUUUGGUGGAGACGUACUAGUGGGUUGGUUUAUUGUUGAAACUGGAAAUUGUGUGAAUAUGAAAAAGAUUGUUUAAAUUGAAACUGUUGAGUAAUAUUUCCCCAAGUCAUGGUGGAAAAAAUGUGACAAUGUAGAUGCCAUUUAGUUUUACAUGAACACAGUUUGAUGCCAUGUGUAUGGAUGUUAGUUCACAGCAAACCAGGUCACCUUAAAACUCAAUUUGCCCUUUUGAUGCAGCUAAUUUAGAUCACAACAGACGUCCUUGUCCUAUUUUGUGAGAUUUAGUCAUGCCAAUAAGUAUCCAUGUUUUUGUCAGCCCAGCUACUGUCCGUUAAAAGGAUUGGAUAAGCAGUAUAGACUGCAGUGUCAUGGUUAGAGUAUGGGUAGAAGCCAU